AUGGCCAGAUUACGUUUAAGAGAAUUAGAGGAAUAUCUAGAGGAAUUGGAAGUUUUUGAAAAACCAAAGAUAUUACUUGAACAAUAUCCAACAAGUGGUCAUAUUGCUGCACAUAUUUUGUAUACUGCCCAAUCGCAAUUUAACGAUUUGGAAAAUUGUCUUGUCGCCGAUUUAGGAACAGGAUGUGGAACUCUUGCAUUGGGAGCACGAAUGCUUGGCGCAUCAAGUGUUGUUGGCUUUGAAAUUGAUGAUAAUGCAUUAAAAAUAAUGUCCAACAAUUGUCAAGAAAUGGAAUUAAAAAUUGAGGCAGUACAAUGCGAUGUUCUUCAAUAUUUACCAGGAAAGUUUGAAAAAUAUUUCGAUACAGUGAUUAUGAAUCCGCCGUUUGGUACAAAGAAGAAUGUUGGUAUUGAUAUGAAAUUUUUGGAAAUUGCAACAAAACUAGCAACAAAGGCAGUUUAUUCAUUGCAUAAGACAAGUACACGAAAUCAUGUAUUAAAAAAAGGCACACAACUUGGGACAAAGGCAAAAGUUGUCGCUGAAUUACGAUAUGAUUUGCCGCAAGUUUAUAAAUUUCAUAAAAAAUCAUCUGUCGACAUCGAGGUAGAUUUUAUAAGAUUUGAAUUAAACUCAUAAAAUUGA